AUGCAUGCCGAGGCGGUCAACACGGUGGUGGUCUGCUACUAUCCUGGGCAAAAACGUCACCACCCCAGCGUUGUCAUGCAGAUUUGCACUGCCAGGGACAUUUGCAAUGCGCAUGUCCAUGAGAGGCAUUUCCAGUCAUGUGUUGGCAUUUGUAGUGCUGUAAACAGGAUUAGAGUGAGAGGAGCUUUUUCAUGCGGCUUCCCUUGCUAGCCAGCACUGCAGAUGGUCACUUGUCAUGCAUACCGCCCAAAACUUUGAGACUUGUGUUGCAGAUUUAGCAACUUCACUGUGGGGUGGGGACCGUUUUGCUCAUGAUAGCUACGACAGAAAAUUCCCGAACGCAAACUCGCGCCAGCCCUUUUAUCCUGUGGAAAAUGAAGUUGUAGCUGCCUCGAUGUAGUUGUGGUCAUGCAGAUUUGGAUUAUUUUCGGCUGCGCCAGGACUAAUCUCUCUCACACAGCAUCUACUUGUGAUGUCACGAAGCAUUGUAUAUCUUCUAAUCGCUGUGUUCUUCCUUUGGAAAAAUUCAUCCCGCAGAAAAGAAAACAAGAGCAGCAACAUAGAUUUCUCAAAAACGGUCCGUCAUUGUUCCUCGGAACACCUACAGUACCUGGUCAUGAGGAUUUUCCUGAACUAACUCUGGAUUUUGGUAUAUUAACAGCUGUCCAAAAAUCCUGGCUACGAAAGAGGAUGGCACUUUCUUCUAGAGGAUACUCUUCCAGAGGACAUUCAAUAUGGGAAUAAGCAUCUCAAGCAUAAACACUCGCAACUGUUACAUGAAUUUUUUAUCGCGCAGAAUCAGUAUCACGCCACACACGAUCAAGCUUCUUCGCAUGACAACAAAGUUCCCCAUUGGACUCUUCUUUGCCAAAUCUGUAUUAUGCGAGACGCGCAAGAACGGUCCUCAUCUCACUUUUGUUGUUCUUGCAUGACAAAAAAUUCGUCGCAUAACAGUGGAGAAUGUGACAGUUGAGAACGCCAUACUCAACGAACUCUGUUUCAGAUGCUCGGAAACGAACCGUGUAUGCCCGUCACACCGAUUAAGGAGCGCCUGAUGAAGGAGAAGGCCGAUGCCCUGUCGCUCAAGGACGUGCAAAAGAAGAACGCCGUCGACAGACAACGGCGGGAACAUCAUAUCAAAUGCAAGAAUGUCUGGGUCUGGAAAAGUGGUACUUGUCAAAGUAAUUACAGAAUCAUGCAAAAAUCUGUGUUGCAUGAUGACCCAAAGCUGUCCACUUUCGACCAAGUACACAAGCAGUUUCUGAUGCAGAAUCGGCAUGAUGGAGACCUCACAAAAUCUGUCAUGCUAGGAUUUGCAUUUCAAACCUCAAUUACCAUUCAAAACGUGCAUGACAAGUCUUGCAUUCUUGCAGACCCAGAUGACAUUUUUGCAUUUGAUACAUCAGCAAAAAAUGCAAUUCACCCAGGAGAACUACACCUUCGGCGUCCGUGCGGUGCUUCUCCAUGAUGAGAAUACAGACGUAUGGAUUGCAAACAUGUCUGGGUCUGGAAGAUUGCAACUUGUCAUGCUAAAUCCGAAUCAUGCAAAAAUCUGUGUUGCAUGAGCGCCGAAAGCUGUCCACUUUCGACCAAAUUGCGAGGGAGUUUCUCAUGCAGGAUAGGCAUGGCAGAGACCUCACAGAAUCUGUCACGCUAGGUCCCUCAUUCCAGACCUCAUGGUCAUGGGUCAUGGGAGACCUCCUGCGUGACAAGUUUACAAACUUCCAGACCCAGACAUACUUAUUUGCGGUUGAUAGGACGACUUCUACAGCAACGCGAACCGGUUGCUCCUCACGAAGGACCGUGGUCUUCAC